AUGAUUAAAGAAUGGUACACAGUGAUGAGCUCAGACAACUGUUACAUUGACUUGGUUCAAUCCCAGAUCAUAUCUGAUGAGUUUAAGACGAAGCCUACAGUUGUUAGAACACCUAAUAUCAGAUUAUCGAACAAUGAAUACUCUAACAGCACUCAGCAGAAUCUAACAUCGAACCCUUAUAAUAAAACUAAUGGCGAUCAAGAUGAAGAUCUUUUCUACAGCGACGCUUUAUUCGCGGACCCGGGUGAAAACGUGGAAUCGGACAGAUUAUUUUCUUACAUCCACGCUGCUAGACCGGGCUUAAGCUGGAGCUCCAUGACCCGUUUUGAAAAUCGGGAGAGCCGAGGUAGAGAAUUAGCAAGUGCAAUGCCAUUAUGCGAUUUUCAAUCUUGUCAGGCUCCGUUGACAUGCGUCCUGCAGACUACCGGAUUGAUGGAUUGCAUGUGUCCACCACCUAGUGUCAUCGAUGUCGUCAAUAAUAUUUGCGCAGUACCAGGUUCUAGGGUAACCGUCAGGGUGAGGCUCAUACACAUGGCUUUUGAUCGCAGAUUGACAGAUCCAACUAGCCCCUUUUUCAGCGAACUAGCUAUGAGACUUCUAAAUUAUUUCCAAGUAUUUUUCAAUCAAUACAAAGUCAGAAGAGGUAGGCUUUUAGAUAUUAACGUUCUUCGCUUUACCAGGGGUUCUGUUAUAGCCCACACGGAUUUCCUUUACGCAGAACUUGGUAACGAUACCUUGAGCAUCCUAAGAGAAACCUUGGAAGAAGGUAUCAAACAUACCCCACUCCAUUCUCCUCUAAAUUUGACCGAUGGCCAGAUCCUAAAAAUUGCUACUGCCGAUCCUUGUAAAUACAUGGAUGACGAUGAUGACGAUGACGCCGAUGGGUUAGUCGCGAGUUUGCCUAAAAAACACUCUGACAAGUAUAAUAUUUGCCCCGAAAAUUCGUAUUGCGUAUCCAAAAUAGAUCGGUUUAUCGAAUGUCGUUGCAAGGACGGGUUUCAAAACAUUGUCACUCAUAAAACGGCAUUUAACGUGAUAUGUAAAAAUGUAUGUCCGAGCGACUAUUGCAAAAAUAAAGGUACUUGCUUAACGAAAAAAUCAGUGAAAUCGUGUCAGUGCAAGGGAUGGUAUUUGGGAGCCAAAUGUCAAUUCCACGGAUUGCAUAUUCUAAUCAUAGUUUUGACGUCCUUGCUGACUGUAUUCCUCUACGCCGCAAGAAUUAUUUUCGAUCGCUAUUAUUCAAAAAAAUCCAAAACAAUCUAUGUACGACGUCAAAAAUAUCACUUUUUGAAUGAAUCACCCAAUCCAUCUUAUAUAUCUAAAGUAUCUAGCCAACGUUCUCCACAAAUCCGGUAAUCUCUAAAUUCUACGCCUAAACUUCUAAUCCAGAAGCAUAUAUCUGGAGCUGAUACCAAAAACAUUAGAU